ACACAAUUACUAUGUGUGAACAGCAAACACUCCAGGAGACGUACACAGACGUUAGCAAUUUGCUAAAUUAACAUUACUUUUGUAAAGUCUUUCGUUUGGCUUAUAUCUACGUUGUGCUUUAAGAUUUUUUUCGAAAAUGCCAGGUUCUUAUGAUGCUAUUAAACUUCCAAUCCACGACCAAAUCGCUGAACUCCAGAGGAAAAUUCAACUGCUUGAGGGAGACAGAAGUGCAUACUAUGAAAGUUCUCAGUCCUCCAUCAGAAAGAACAAGGAAACCGUUCUCCAGUUAAGGCAGGACAACAAAAGGCUUCACAGGAAACUUGCAGAAGCCCUUGCAGGAGAUGAGCAAGUAAUAAAAGAAGCUUUCCAAACCCGAGGAACGGAGAGAGCUGCCUACCGCAAUAUGUCUGGGAAGGAGGCACUCAAAGUUCUGGACCAGAAAGUGUGUGAUAGGAUGAAGAAGCUGAAUGCGUUGAAACACACCACACAAACACAGCUCAAGCGCCUGGAGGACCUGCGUCUGCAGUACCAGAGCCUGAAGCCAGAGAACAAGCGCUCGCAGAGUGGAGCACAGAGCAAGAAAGAGGAAGAGGAGAAGAAUGAAGGGGAUUCCGUUGAGAUACAUCCCCAAAAGAACUUGCGGAUGCUUGAGAACCGUCUGGAGAAAGCCCAGCUGAAGUGUCAGGAAGCUGAAUAUAUCAUGCGGGGCUACCUGAAACUCAAAACCCAUCUGCAGGAGGAGAGUCUGACCUUCCAGUCCCAGCUGGACGGUCUGGAGGCCGAGAUCAGGAGACAGAAGCAGGAGCUGCAGGAUCUGCAGGUCAUGAACAACGAUGCAGUCCUGUCCAAGGAGACCGCUAAGGAGGAGCUGCAGCGUCAGGAGGAGCAGGUGUAUCGGGAGCGCAGGGAGAGGGAGCGCAUCCUGUCCUUCUUCAAGAAACAGGCGGAGGAGCGCAGGGCCCAGGCUGAGCGAGUUGAGAGGAGGGCCCAGCGCACAGCCAUGCAGCCAGACGAGCUGAGCAGUGAGGCCCAGCGCAGCACCACAGGGAUCGGGGAGGAGGAGCACGCCAUCUCCACGUUCGAGGAGGCCUUUCGCCGCAUCAGAGAGGCCACCGGGGUCACCGACACUCGGGAGGUGGUGGAGAGGUUCAUCACCCAGGGAGACACCCAGAGGCACCUGCAGGAGCUGAAGGAGGAGAAUGAGAGUGCGCUGCUGCAGCUCAAGCAGCAGAGGGACCAGCUCCAGAAGCACUUCCAGGACACCAAGUACUCUGGAGAGGCCAAGCUGUCCAGUGAGCAGCAGCUGCUGGAGGAGUGUCAGCGCCACCUAGAGGAGGAGGAGCAGCGGCGCAACGUGGCCAAAGAACACCUGGAUUGGCUCAACCGCACCCUCAACACGGUGCAUGCUGGUGUGGAGCACCUCAGUGACAAGCUGCAGCACAUCCACCUGGCGGAGGGCGAGCGGCCGCUGCUGGACGCCAGCUCAGAGGACUACGUGCUGGAGCUGCUGACCCAGGCAGAGCAGAAGCUUCAGCUGCUACAGGAGGAGCUGCAGGGCAAAGACCUGGCGACCCUCACCAAAGAGAUGGAGGAGGAAGACUUUUAUGCGAGCAUUGAAGGGAAGCUCCCCAACUACAACACCCGCAUCCAGCUGCCUGAAACCCAGAGACAGGAUCCUUAUGACGAAGAGGAGGACAGCGGGAAUGACGAGAGUGACAUCAUCACGCGGACCACCCUCAAGCGCCAGUCUCAGCUGAUCGUUGACUCCAAGACCAAGAGGAAGCCACGUCCCAAGAAGAAGAAGGGCAAGCUAUGAUCCCAGGUUUUUACGGCCUGAUGGUUUGCAUGAUGGCUCGACCAACGCUCAGAGACAGAUCUGAUCUCACGUCCCUUCCUCCUCUACACAGAAGGCUCUUUAUUUCAACUAGCUGUAGUAACUCCACCGAGUGUGAUGCAAUGAAGUAUAACGUAAUUUUGUUUCCUUAGAACAGAUGUCUGUAUGCUGGGUCUAGACCUAGACAUGUAAUAUUUCCACUGCAGUGUCAUGACACAGUCUUUUGUACGCACCGAUUGCUUGUAUCUCCAUAAACCACUGUAUGCUACCUCCUCAUUAUCACCUGCACAUGACACAGCUGAAUAAAUGACAGUGAGAAAAUGA